AUGACCGCCGAGAUUCGGACUCGUCAGCGGCCAGUGGAAAGUAAUGGAGUCAAGACGGAGGAAAAUGUGGAAGAACCGGCAGAGAUUUCGCCGCAUGAAACGAACUGUGGUGUGAUUAAGUGAGUUUUGAAUCGAAAUUUAAUGUCCUCAGUUUUUUUCUCGCAUUCUUUUGAGCCUGAUAUUUUCCUGUUUGACUUUUUCCAGUCCGUAUAUGAAUGCUCGAGCGAAGCCCGGCCAAGCCUACGAGCCAACCCGCCUCGAGCAUGUGGCUAACACGCUUACGCACGGGAUUGCCAUUGUUCCGUCGUUGCUGAUCACUAGGGUUUUGAUCGAAGCUGCCUAUCGGGACCUACAACAACAUCUGAUGGUAAUUUAUGGCUUCUUCACCACUGUAAGUAGGACUUUUUUACGUUGAAAAUUUUAAUUUUGGUCGAAGAAUGCGGUUUUUAUAUUGGAAAUUGGCGAAUUGGCCUGGCGGAUGAGGUGACUCAAAGUUCAAUUUUUGGGUCAACUGUUCCCAGGUCUUUGUGUACCGUGGGCUGAACACGGAAAAUCGCAUACUGAUGUUUUUCAGCUCCUUUUCACCGCAUCCACCACAUACCAUCUUGGAGAAUUGCUUUUCCGGCCGGAAAAACGCACUUUGCGAUAUUACCUGCACAUCACGGACAGAGCCGUAAUAUACUUCUUUAUUGCGGCUUCAGCCACGCCUUGGCUGACUCUAAGACAUCCGGAGACCACCGGCACAACUCUCAAAUGGGUGGUUUGGGCAUUUGCAAUGUUUGGAAUCGGUUAUCAACUGAAGUACCAUGAGAAAUACAAGACGGUGGAGACCUGCUUGUACGCAGUGGUUGCUUCGUUACCAUAUGUGGGGAUCCUCACAAUGCACGACCGGAAUGGAAUGCCUCUGAUGGUGGCGGGAGGAUUGGUUUACGCGAUGGGAGCAGUGUUCUUCAAAUUGGAUGGAAUCGUCCCUUUCGCACAUGCUAUCUGGCACAUGCAUGUGGUUGCAGGUAAGAGUUUCGCUUGAUUUGGGCUUGAAGUUUAGAUUUCUAUGGACGGUGUAGGUGUAGCGCAAAAUUUAUUGAGGUGGCCGUGGCAUUUUUAGUUUUGGUUCUAAAUUUUUUUCUCGAGGGGGCCGAGCCUAAAAUUUCCAGACCUAAAAAUCGACGCUUCUCGGGUCUACAACAGUUUGGGUCAGCUCAAAAUCAAUCGAUACGGGUAGGGCAGGUGGACACCCAAAAAAGGGUUGUGGGAAGUGCUUACGCAGCCUGGCAAAGCCGUUGCAUGAUCGGCGGAGACUUGGCGAAGACUUGCAAUAUGGCCACGUUUUUUCUAAUUUUAGCUAUUACUUACGUUAGCUUUAUUUACCCUAAGUAACAUAUAAAAGACCAAAAUUUGCGGCAAAAAACUAAGAUCCGUAACUUUUAUCCAGAUAUUAUUGAUGUGAGUACAUGCAAAAUACCUCAAAAUAGGUUAUAAACUAUCCUAGGAUCCGACCAAUCUUAUUAUUUUUAUUAACUAAGCCUUCUCCCAGUCUCUCCUAUGCGUAGAACCAUGAACCGACGCGAUCCAUAGUAUCGCUGACACGAAAAGUCGUAGCGCCAGAAAACUCUGCCCGGUCUUUUUCGAAAUUUCCGAAGCCCGAUCUAAAAUCUGGGCGUUGCUGGUCAAAUUUUUCGCUUUUUAAAAAAUCUUAUUCGAUUUGUUUUUUACUUUUUUCAUCUGCUUUUUCAGGAGCUUCCAUUCAUACGUACGCAGUGUACGCAUCUCUGUUGGGCCCGGACCGACUCAACCCAUUGCCAGAUGUUGAGUUUGAUUAGUGAAUUCCAAUGCUUUUGCAUUUUUAGCCGAGUCUUUCCAAAGUUCAGUAUUGA